AUGGGUGAUUAUGAAGAUUAUUCCUUUACCUAUGCUAGCGCUUUAUUGCAUCCACAAUUAAGUAGGAUGACUUCCAGAAAAUUAUUCGAAUUUAGCCAAGAUGAGAGAAGUAAGUGGGGAUUUUCAGAUCGAUUAUUAACAUCGAUACAAAAUGGAACACAUACCCUGAUCGACUCACCAGAUGCACUGAAACGAUGGGUUGAAAAUUUUGGUUCAAUUGAAUUGGACAAUGAAAAGGUUGAAAGUAGAUUUUCAUACUUCAACUUGGAUACCAUUGCCAAUCGAAAGGAUCGAGAAGCUUAUUUGAAAAUUAUAUUGAAUGACAUUGAUUUGUGGUAUCAUGAACUUAACAACAACAAUUCCAGAUAUUUUUCCAUUUACAAGGAUACAGUGAAAGACAUUAAUACAGAAGAUCGUACUUCCCGGCCAAAGGUUGCAACUUACGCCCAAGCAUUGACGAAUAUUAGAUCAGAAAUUAAAGAAGACAGCAAGAUGAACGAAGAUUUGACAAUGAAGAAUGCAUCAAUGCCAUUCUCUAUUUAUUUAGAGCGUACAAUGCACUCCAUAUCGGUGAUGCAUUUGAAACGGUCAACAUUGGUACAAGUUCAACCGUUGGUUGACCACUCAAAAUUUGCAAAAUAUUUUGGAAUUUCUCGUCUCAAAGAAUUAUUUAGAAUAUAA